GGGAUUAGCAUUGAUAAGUAAUGACUUGCGUCUUGUUAGCGGGAGUCAAGCAGAAAGUCGUCGAAACAAACAGAGCCACAAACUUUCUUCUGAAUCGGUUUAGCGGUUAAGUCGAUAAAGAGUGAGUAAAAAUGACGAUGGAGGAUGCUAACUCCGUCUACGUCGGCGGCCUCCCUUACGACGUCACCGAGGAAGCUCUCCGCCGUGUUUUCUCCACUUACGGCACCGUUGUCGACAUUAAGAUUGUGAAUGAUCGGAGUGUAAGAGGGAAAUGCUACGGCUUCGUUACAUUUUCGAAUCGUCGAUCUGCUGAUGAUGCUAUCCAAGACAUGGAUGGCAAAAUUAUUGGUGGGCGUGCGGUGCGUGUGAAUGAGGUGACAACAAGAUUUGGUGGUCAGGGGAGGUUUCAACCACAAAGCCCCUCUGAUGGGAGAAGUGAUUUUGGUUAUGAAAGGGAUCGGUUUAGUGAUAGGUCACGGGAACGGGAUAGGUCUCAGGACAGGAGAAGAGCUUAUGAACGUUCACAUGGUUUCGAGGGGAGAAAUGAUCAUGGUAUGCUGGAUAGGGAUGGUUACAAGGAGAGAGGUUUCGAAGAAGGAGAUUGGCGUGGGGAUAGGUCUUUUGAGGAUAAUGGUAGGGGGGUUCACAGGGCCAGUUCUGACGAAGAAACAAAGAGAGAAGAUAGUACCAUGCUUGAUGGUGGGCGUGGUAGAGAUGGCAAAGAUCACUUCUCUAACUCAAGUGGAGAUCGCAGCUUUCAGGUAACGAUAAUGUUUGUUAGGAAAUUAUUGCUGCAUAGUAUAGUUCAUGUAAAACUUGCGUCUUUCAUACAGGUGAAAGAAGAAUUGGAAGCGCUGAUCAAGACGCAUGACGUGCUUCAAGAUGAGGUUCUGGUGAUGGAAGAGAGAUUGGAAGUAAAAGAAGUUCUGUGCUCAGAGCUAGAGAAGAAGUCUAAGAGAUUAGAAGAUUUAUUGAGCAAUGAAAAGAAACUGACUUCACAACGCCGAAAAGAAUUGGCAAAGCUACACAAAUCAUAUUCAAAGGUCAGAGAGUGCGGUGACAACCUGAAAGGCUGCGAACAGGAACUCCAGUCGCUUGUUAAUUCAGCAGCUAGAGAAGGCGUGGCUGGUGCUGAUGAAGGACUAGAAAACGGGUAUGUGCAGUACAAGGUGUAGUGUAAUGAAUGCAGUCAUUCUCAUGUAUCACAUGUUAUGUCGUAAGUAUAGCUUUGUUUCUUUUGGAGACGAGCUUAGUGAUAUUUGAAUAUUUGUAUUAAUGGAUAGGAGAAUGAAAGGUAACAGGUUUACAAAAAUGAUACUAUAAUUCUAUAA